AUGCACUACUCGAUCGUCGAGGCUCAGAAAGCAACCACGGCUUACUACGGCACCAUCCUGAUCAUCUUCGCGGCCGAUUGCAACCUCACCGACACAUCCAGCCAUCAUCUUAGCUCAAACCUGCUAGAGUUUGUUGCUAAUGAGACUCUUAAACAGUGCGACUCCGCACAGCUCCAGACCUUCUCCUACUACUACAAAAACUGGGGAGAAGCCAACCAGGCCCUUAUCUUCCCGCACUGCGAGAUCGGCAGCGAAACGGAAUGGGGAAUGAAUCCGGACUUCAGCUCCAUCGAGUACUUCCUGGGGGUGGGGACGUGGUGUAUUUUCUUCGAUUCUUCGAGUCCGUUUUGA